AUGGCCAAUCUCCAGCUGGGCCUCGAGAUUGCCUUUUACCUCUACCCGGUCGGCCUCUUUGCCGCCCUCUUCGCCUCCCAGCUCGUCGCCUAUCGCUACCGCAAUGCCCCUCGCGCAACCACCGCCAGCGACCAGGACCGCGCAGAUGGCCUGCGCAAAGUCUAUGCCCGCCUCAUCUACGCCGUCCAGCUCUUCCUCCCGCCGACCCUGCUGGCCAGUGUCGUCCUGAUUGUCGCCCAUGCCGUCCACGACAACGACCCCAAGCCGGGGCAUGCCGUCUUCCCCUACAGCGCCUAUCUCGCCUCCCAUGUCGGCGUCCUGCUCUACUUCCUCGCCGGCCUCCUGCCCGACCCGGACGGGCCCUGGACGCCCACCCCUGCCCACGCCCACGCCUGGCUCGUCGCGGUUCUCCUCGAGGUCGUCAUCAAUGCCGUCAUGCUCACCCAGGCUCGCCAUGCCCCUCUGCCCCCCUCCCUCAUCAGGACCCUCUUCAUUCUCGGCAUGGUCCGCGUCGGCCUCCUGUGCUUCAUGAUCGCCCUUAUGGCCCAUUGGCGCUACCGCCUCCGGCCCGAAAAGGCCGUCGCGGACGACGAGACAGAAUCCCUGCUUGGCAAUGGUGCAAAGAAUGGCUCUCCUGGCGCCGGCAAGGGCUAUGGCUCCACAAACGGCACCACUCCGGCUCCGGGCCCGUCUGCUGGCAAGCCUCGUGAUGCCCAGAGCUCCGGGUGGUUCGACUACUUUGCCGGUUUUAGGGUGCUGUUCCCUUACCUAUGGCCUGCCGACUCGCCCAUGCACCAGCUGGUGGUUGUGCUAUGCGUCAUCCUGCUUGUCGCCCAACGCAUCGUACAACUUGCCGUGCCUUGGCUUCUCGGCCAGCUCGUCGGCUCCCUUGGCAGGGGUCAUAUCCCAUACAAGCAGGUCGUCCUUUACAUCAUCUUUCGCGGCCUUCAGGGCGGCCAGGGAGCGAUCGGCGCCGCGCGAUCUGUGCUCUGGAUCCCCGUCUCCCAGGGCUUGUUUCGCCGACUCUCCUGCGCGGCUUUCGAGCACGUCCUCGGCCUGUCGAUGGACUUCCACCUCAGCAAGCGCAUCGGCGAGGUGACAAGCGCGCUGAGUCGCGGCGCCGCCAUGAACACAUUUCUCGAGAAUUUUCUGUUCCAGGUAUUCCCCAUGAUUGCCGACAUCUUUCUCGCCGGCAUCCUCUUCUUCUUCACCUACGACGCCUUCUACACGCUCAUUGUCUUCGUAAUUAUGUGGACGUACAUCUUCUUGACCAUGUACAUGGCCAAGUACAGAGGGCGCCAAAGGCGCGACAUGGCAACCAAAGCACGCGAGAUGGACGCAGCCAAAACGGACGCCAUCAUGGCCUAUGAGACAGUGCAGUACAACUGUGCCGUCACCGCUGAGACCACCAGGUUCCGAGACCAGGUGACGAUUUACCAAAAGGCGGAGCGGCUCGUUCUUCUGUCACUCAAUCUGCUCAAUGUCACGCAGAGCUCCGUCUUCACGCUCGGCACAGCCAUGAUCGUGGGCGUUUCGGCCUACAAGAUAUCCAUUGGCCAGCAGACAGUGCCGGACUUUGUCACCUUGAUCACUUACUUUGCGCAGCUCCAGGCCCCACUAGGUUUCUUUGGCACGUACUACACUAUGCUGCAGAACAAUCUGAUCGAGGCCGAGCGCAUGCUGGAUCUUUUCAAGGAAACGUCUGGCAUUGUGGAGAAACCCGAUGCUAAGCCCAUGGCCACACCCAAGGGCGAAGUCAAGUUCAACGACGUCCGCUUCUCCUACCAAGGUAAGGGCCCCGCGAUCGACGGCAUCAGCUUCACCGUGGCUCCGGGGACCAAGACCGCGCUGGUCGGCGAGUCGGGCAGCGGCAAGUCGACGUGCCUAAAGCUGCUGUACCGCUUCUACGACAUCAACAGCGGAUCAAUCACAAUUGACGGCCAGGACCUGCGCGACGUCAAGCUGGACAGCAUGCGCAAGCACAUCGGGGUCGUGCCUCAGGACACCGUACUCUUCAAUGCCACCAUCAUGUAUAACCUGCAGUAUGCGAACCCGGACGCAACUGAGGAGCAGGUGUAUGCAGCAACCCAGGCAGCAAACAUCCACGACCGGAUCCUCAAUUUCCCCGAGGGUUACAGCACCAAGGUUGGCGAGCGGGGGUUGAAAUUGUCUGGUGGUGAAAGGCAAAGGAUUGCCAUUGCCCGCGCCAUCCUCAAAGACUCGCGCAUCCUCUUACUCGACGAGGCUACGGCGUCCCUCGACUCGCAGACGGAGCGCUUGAUUCAGGACGCUCUCGAGCGGGUCACUCGUGGCCGGACCACAAUCACCAUUGCCCAUCGCCUUUCAACGAUCACGACAUCAGACCAGAUCCUGGUCCUCCAUGCGGGUCAGGUGGUCGAGCGCGGCACACACGACGAGCUGCUGGGCCUGCGAGGGCGGUACCACGCCAUGUGGGAGAAGCAGACCACGAUUGAGAAGAAGGCCGAGGAGGCGGCAGAGGCAGUACAGACUGUGGAGGGCGCGACGGCGUAA